UACCGAGCGUCGGCGAGGGGGGAAGCGCGAGGGUGGGAAAGGCGGCGGGCGAGGAGGCGGCGCCCGGGGAGGAGGGCGGCGCGCGGCUGACUCAUCCCGCUGGAAGCGCAGACUGACAGACACGCAGCCUCGCCGGAGCCGCCCGCCCCGCCGCCCGGGAGGCGGCCGCCCGCACCCCGCAGCCUCCUCCCCGCCCGCUCUGCCCCGGGAGCUCUCCCGGCCCCGCCGCCUCCGAGAAAAGUUUUCCCCGGGUCCGAGGGGCCGGAGCGGCCGCGGGCGCGUGGGCGAGGGCCGGCCGGGGCUGGGGGCGCGCGGGCCCGGCCAGUGCAUGGUGCCCGGCGCCGCGGCUGCCAGCCGGGAGGACCUCGGGGCGCGGUCGGGCUGAGCGCCGGCGCCGUCUCGCUCCGCUCCGCUCCGCCGUCCCGGCCCGCCGCGGCGCCCCCCGUCAUGUCCCGGCUGCUGCCGCUGCUCCGGAGCCGGAGCGCGCGCAGCCUGAGGCCCGGCCCGGCCGCCGCGCCCCGGCCGGCGCCGGCGCCCUGGGGCUGCUGCGGGCGGGGGCUGCUGGCGCCGCUGGCGGCCCCGGGCGGGCCCCGGGGGCUGGGCACGCACCCCAAGAAGGAGCCCAUGGAGGCGCUGAACACGGCGCAGGGCGCGCGCGACUUCAUCUACAGCCUGCACUCCACCGAGAGGAGCUGCCUGCUCAAGGAGCUGCACCGCUUCGAGUCCAUUGCCAUCGCGCAAGAAAAAUUGGAAGCGGCCCCACCCACCCCAGGACAGCUGAGAUAUGUAUUCAUCCAUAAUGCGAUACCUUUCAUAGGGUUUGGCUUUUUGGAUAAUGCAAUUAUGAUUGUUGCAGGAACUCAUAUUGAGAUAUCUAUUGGAAUUGUUUUGGGAAUUUCAACUAUGGCAGCUGCUGCUUUGGGAAAUCUUGUGUCAGAUUUAGCUGGACUUGGACUCGCAGGCUAUGUUGAAGCUUUGGCUUCCAGGUUAGGCCUGUCAAUUCCUGAUCUCACACCAAAGCAAGUUGACAUGUGGCAAACACGUGUUAGUACACAUUUGGGCAAAGCUGGUGGGGUAACAAUUGGCUGUAUUCUAGGAAUGUUUCCUUUGCUUUUCCUUGGAGGAGGUGAAGAAGAUGAAAAACUGGAAAAGGAAAAUUAAUCCUUUUAGAAUACCUAUUAAAAAUGAUGUAAACUAAUGUACCUCAAUUAUUAAUCAUGCUGUCAGCAACAUUUAGGAAUUAAGACAGUAACAGUGUAUAGACAUGGGAUCAAAUAAUUCAGCAUGUAUUAUGGAAAACACUAACUUAUUGUGACUUGGUUUUCUUAGGACAUCUUUUUUAGAAAACUGUUAUCAUUUUGUGUAAAUUGUUGAAAUGCUUUUUCAUCAAUGGCAAUCAACAUUUUACUCUUUUCUUGAUAUAUCAAAAUGUCAUUUAGUAUCAGUCAUUGAGUACUGUACUGAUUUGGGGUUCGCUUAUUUGUUAACUUACUGUGUACUUGCAUGCUAGCAUUUUCUGUUGUUAUUGUUGUUCCCUGAAAUUGCAAUUCUAUCUUAACAUUUUUUUUCCAGAUUACUUAAGCUAUUUAAUAUCUGUUAGAUAUUUUUUUAAAACUUUUUGGCAACAUCACUUUUGUACUGUUUCACAUAAAAUAUUUACAAUCAUAAUUUUAGUCAUUUUUUUAAUCACCUCUAUUUAAAACAAAUGCAGAUUUUACAUAUUUUGAAUAUCUGUUACUCACUUUAGUUUUUUUCUGCUUUACUGUUUCAUAACCAGAGUAUAUGAGUGAGCAGUUAUGUAGACUUGUUGCUACAUAAAACCAUACCUGUUAACAACUGUAUUAUUCUGAGUUGAACUUAUUUUAACCAUUAAUUUUUCAUUUUGAAUAAUUUACAUGACUUCUGAGGAGAACGAAAUGAAUGUUUCAGUAGAGUGAGAGAUUUGACAUGAAACUUGAAAAUUAAGAGGCAAAAAAUUAUUUUUUUUUAGGGAAGUAGAUAACAGAAAUUGUAGAGAAGGUUUUAAGUGAAGUUCAAGUGGUUUUAAUUAGGUUAACAAGAUACAAAUUGGCAGGAAUUUUCUUCCAGAGUAUCUCCUGUGAAUUGAAUGAGUCUGAGUGCUCCAUGCUCAUAAUCCUGAUGUCAUUGUAACUUGACUAGUGAAUUUUAUUUCUUUUUUGGAUACUUAUUUUGAGGUGAAAACUAAAUGCUUUACAUUUACAUUUAGCUUUUUUUCUUUUUAAGGUCUAGUAGUCAGAAGUAUAUGAGGAGGAAUCUCCUUUCUUGGGGUCUUUUUUCCCCUUUUUUGUGGUGUUAAAAUUGUAUUGUAGUCUGAAGUUACUCAUUUUCAGUUUUGUUCUGAUUAAGUAAACCAUGCAUGAAAGUCAUUAAUUUCCAUGUUAUGAAUCCCAAUAUUUGUUAACAUGUGCUUGUUCAUAUGUGAUAAAAUUUUCUUUGUAAGGGUAAACACAUAAAGGAGAAAAGCUAAAAUUAAAAUCAAUAUUUUGGCUAUUAAAAUUGUUGGAUUACUAAACAAUUACAAAAAACACACAAAAAAGGGAGACUUCUAGAGCUACCAAUUGUAAAAUCUUAUUUGCACAUAUUUACCCAAACUCUUAUUUUUAGAGAACCUGUUUUCCGCGACAGGACAAUUUAUUAUUAGUUCUCUUCUGUAUACUUUAAAAUAGCUUACUGCUUUCCUUUAGUCAUUGAGAAUUGAAGGAAUAAAAGAAAAUAAACCCCACAGCAUAAAAAAAAAAUGUAAAAUUCUUAUAAAGAUAAUACAACUUUAUAAGUUAACCAAGUUAGAAUUAUGAAACUUGGCAUCUUAAACAGAAUUGUGAUUUGUAACUUUCACAAAAUAUUGCAUACACCAAAAAAACCUUUUUUUAUUUUUUUAAUAAGUUUAGAAAGUUUGUUUAAAAAUAUUAUUUUGGCAAAUGUUUAAAUGCUAUGCUUUUCCCUUCUAACUUAAAUAUGAGUACUUUCUGUUUUCUAAAAAAGUAUUUUUGAGGUGCUUAAAUUUUCUUCCAAUUAAUUAAAUCCCACAUACAGAAACCUUGCCUCUUCCUUUAAUUUUAGAAAUGACUUUGGUAGUUACUUUUCUUUUUUAUGCUCUUAAAAAUAAUCAAGACCUAUAGAAUCUUUCAUUUUAGGGGAAUGUCUACAGGUUUAUUUAAGGUUUUAAAACAUUGAACAUGUAACCUUCAAAUUGAAAGAUACUUUAAUUUAUGGGUAUAAUAAAAUUUUUGAAUUAGUUGGAUCAUCACUAUUUAAGAAAAGGAGAAAUUUUAUUUAUUGUUAGUCUAAGAAUACAUUCCCCCCCCCCCCCCACACAGUCUAAUAUACACUGGUAUGGUACCUUUCAGCUAAAUGAUUUCUAAAAGAUGGUUCCCUUGAAGAUAAUGAUUUCACAUAAUCACUGUUUCAUGUUACUUAUCACAAAGAACUUUAUUUCAAUUUGGAUCUAGAAUUUUUAUUUCUAUUAUACCUAUUUAUUUAUUGGGAGCACUAUAACUAUGGCUAAAUGCAACAUGAGCUACUUUAUUACUGUUUGUUUAAAAUCCAUGUUGUCCAUUUACUAUGAUUUCUUAACUUGUUGAUGCAUGUAAUUGGGUGCAUUUUGUUGCCACUGUACGUUAAAAUGGUGACCAAUGUUUUUACAGAGGAAUUGAACAAAAAAAAAAUAUCUUUUAAGAAAUUUGGAAUGUGUUUUUAAUUUUGAAAUUUGAUUUUCUUCCCAAUGUCAGAAGGCCCUGGUAAUUCUGUUGAUAAAGACAUAGAUUUAAUAAAUGCAGAUUUUUUUUUUAUAGAGUCA